CCCACCGGCCCCUCCAACGCAGCCUAGCCUGUCGAUAUCAGCCUUGUGCGUACCAGAACCCCUGACCACACCCCACAGACAGGCGCAAAGGAAGGCACACCCAUGGUGGUUUGUGGUGUGGCAGAUGUCGUGCAUUCCUUCAUUUCACCUGCUGGUAGCUAGGCGGAGACAUCGCCCGCGGGCCGGGAGGGACGCCCACCGGUCCGUCUGCAGUGCACGGACCGCCCACACAGCAACGACAACACACAUACACAUGUGCACACCUAGGCAGCCCGGCGCACUUACACAUGGGAGCUUGGUCGGGGAAAUUGAUUGACCGAGUUGGGGGCAUCAGAGGAGAAUACAUUACCGUGCAGUGCAGUGCAGUGUGUCUGAAUGAUGGGCUUACGCAUGUGCAUAUGCGGUGCUGGCUGGUACACGGGCGCAGCGGGGUAGUAGGGAACAUACGCAACUGCAGCGCACACACAACCAGAGAGGCAAGCAAGGCAUGCGGGCGGGCGCACACGCAGGUGUGCCCCCUUACGCUUACACUGGGCCGGUGGAGGAGCCAGAAACACAUGCUCAGUCGGGCCACGGAUGGGAACCUUCACGACAAACCAAACAGCACACACAAGACAGACACAUAGGAAGGAUGUGUCGUGUGUGUGGGCUGGGCGAUGCGUCGAUGAUGAGUGGGAGGAUGGAUGGAUGGCUGAUGCGUACAUUGGUUGUCCUGGGCCGGAGGAUGCGUCUGACGGUGCGGAGAACCCCAGCCACCCCUGGCAUAUGGUGCAGGCCCCGUUCGUGUUGGUCUCGGGUCGUCUCGCGUGGGGAGCCUGCGUGACACGAGGGGCAACAAGGAGGGAAACAGUGCUUUUGGAGGCAGAAUCGUACAACGCGCGGUCUGAAUGCGUGGUCAGUGCCGUCAUCCUGAAGGGAAAGACAGAUUUAUGGCAGGCACGCAACCCAUAGAAACCCCUGUCUGUCUGCCAUCUGCUGGCUCACCCAUGACGCAAUCGUGAGCCAGUAGUUGGGCGUGAACCAGUACUUCUGCUUCAUCGUCCACAGCAGCUCCUGGGCGAUCUUGAGGGCGGCAUCAGAGCGGCGCAUCUCCAUCGGCACACUAUACAGAUGCAGGCCGCCGGGCUUGGUCGUCCGGACGUACACGACAUCGCCCUUCCGCCUGACGCGAAAAGCGAUGGAGAGCUAUGCGCACAGAGAGGGAAGGCGCAGCCAAACCCAUGAUGCCCACCAUCCAUAGGCUAAGCCCAUACUUACUUCUUCCGCGAGGAGGCUGGACAGGGCACGCUCUGCGGCACCACGAUUGGCCGCUUCAAUCUCCAAGGUCCACAGGACACUUGUGGGCAGUGCGACAU